AUGUUUGCAGAAACAUCAGACGAUUCUGAUUCUGAUUCUUCUUCUGACUAUGAAGACAUUGUUGUUGCUGUACCUGUGAAUAAUAAUUCUGAUAUGUCUGUUGGAAGUGAACAAUGGGUUAAAUUAAUUGAAAAUUGUUCGUAUAGACAGAAGUAUGAACAAUCUAUACCGAAAGGUAUCGGUAUUGAAAAAUUAUGUCAAGCAACAGAUGUUAAUUUUGGUGACAAAGAUAAAAUUGACAAUGGAUGGAUUUUAAAAAAUACUAAUCAACAAGAAUAUUUCAUUGUUUCAUUUCAAACACCAGUAUUUAUUAAUGAAAUACAUAUUUAUGAAAGUCUGAAUCCCGGUAGUAUUAUUAAAUUGGAAAUGCUUGAAUCUCAAAAAAAUCAAUGGUAUACAUUAUGGCAACAAAAAUCACAUACAAAUAGUAAAUCAUUAUCUCCAACUGUAUUUAAACCAAUUUUACGACGUUACCGUUCUCAAUCAAAUACUGUUCGUAUUACUAUUGAUCCAAGAUAUGCUGAUCAAAUUGGUUUUCAAGCUAUUAAAUUAAUUGGUACAAACAUUUUUGAUAUAAAUUUUUGUCGUCGAACAUUAUUAGAAUCUAUGUUAAUGUUAUACAAACAAACACUUGAUAAUAACAAAACAGAUGCACAAUUUCUUGUUGAUAAUAAAAUAAUAAAUGCACAUAGAAAUAUAUUAUGUUGUCGUUCGUUAUAUUUUCGUACACUUUUAUCAAAUAAUUCUCAAAAAAAUCCAAUUGAAUUAACUGAUGUUGAUUAUGAUACAUUUAUUGAAAUAUUAUUUUUUAUUUAUACUAGUAAUUAUCAUCAAACAAUAUCAUAUGAUCUGGCUUUUAAAUGUAUGAUUUAUUGUCAUAAUAUCAAUUUAUUAUCUGGCAAAAAUGUGGCAAUAGAAAAACUUAUUUAUUAUAUACGUUCAAAUCAUGGUUUAAUUAUAUCAACAUAUUGUCGUAUAAAACAAAUGUCACCAAAAUUUGAUUUUUUCUUACGUUAUAUUUAUGAUUUAUGUUCACAAAAUAUGAAUGAAAUAUGUAAACAAAAAGAAUUUUUUCAACUUGAUAAAGAUUUAAUUAUUGAUCUUAUAUAUCAUUCAAGUGAACGAAAUAAUACCAAUGAACAAGAAAAUAAUUAA